UGGUUUUUGUGAUUACACCCUAUUAGUAUUAAUUAUGCUUACAAUAGAUAAUGCAAAUAAUACAUUGAUUGCAUAUCUAUAUAUAACCUCUCUCACUCAUAAAAUCAACAUAUUAGCAAGAAAUAUGAAAGUAGAGGUGCAGAGCCGGCAACUGGUGAAACCCGCCACCGCCACCCCUUCCCACCUCCGCCGCUACAACAUCUCGAUGAUCGACGACCUCAACCCCCCAAUGCACGUGAUCCGCAUCCUCUACUACCCUCCCCACACCCACACCCUUCCCCUCAACCUCCAAACCCCCCUCUCCCAAAUCCUCCCCUCCUUCUACCCCCUCGCCGGCCGCUACCUCAAACCCCUCCACGCCGUCGACUGCAACGACGCCGGCGCCCUCUUCUCCCGCGCCCUCGUCCACUCCCCCCUCCGCCCCCUCCUCGCCGACCCCUCCUGCCUCAACGCCCUCCUCCCCGUCGACAUCGCCGCCGCCGACGGCCCCGACGACCCCAUGCUCGCCGUCCAGGUCAACACCUUCCUCUGCGGCGGCGUCGCCAUCGCCGUCUGCGGGUCCCACCGGAUCUUCGACGCCUGCUCGCUCUCCGUGUUCCUCGCCGCGUGGGCGGAGGCCGCGCGCGGCGGGGAGCGGACGAUCCGCCCGGAUUUCGGCUCGGCAGCGCUGUUCCCGUCGGAGGGCGCCGCCCCGCUGGAUUUCGGGGUCGGGGAGAGGAGGAUUGUGGGGAAGAGGGUCGUCUUCGAUAAGGAGGCGAUCGCGGCCCUGAGGGCCCGGGCCAGCUCGGACCCGGACCUGGAGGGUGUGGCGCUGUCGAGGGUGGUGGUGGUGUCGGCCGCACUCACGCAGGCGCUUCUCCGCGCUGAUGAGGCUAGACACGCAGGCGGAUCUACCAUCUUAGAAAAUAAACACAGGCUCCAUACUCAAAACGCAAGGGCUGCCCUAAUCGCCCACGCGAUAAACGUGCGCGAGAGGACCGUCCCACCCGUGCCAAAGCAUGCGUGCGGGACCUGGGUAUCCAUAUCACACGUGGAGCUCAGCACGGAAGAGAGGAGGGAGGCCACACGCGAUUUCCCGAAGCUGGCGAGGGAAAUGCGCGAAGCCACCGUGCGCGGGAUCAAGGACUGUGCGAGGAUUUUGAGCGACAAGGGAUUCGGGAGGUGGGCGUUGGUGGAUAGCUAUGCUGAGAUAGCUGAGAAAGGGCUGAUUAGGGAGGAUUAUAAGGUGAUUUACGUGACGGAUUGGUCGAAAUUUGGGGAUUAUGACUUGGAUUUUGGGUUUGGGAAAGCGAUUUGGGUGAGUUUGGCCGAUGUUCCUCUUGAAGAUUUGAUGAUUUUGAUGAACACGAGGGAGAAUGAUGGAAUUGAGGCGUGGGUGUAUUUGGAUGAGUUGGAUAUGACCUAUUUUGAGAAGGAUCAACACAUUCAAAUGCUUCUUGCUUGAUUAAUUAGUUAUGAGAUUAUAAUGUGUGAUAAAUGAUCAUUUUGUUGUGUCAAUUAAAUAAUGGUGUACCAUAUUUGAUUGUUGUUAUAAUUAAAAUGAUUUUGUUUUUAGUAU